AAAUAUUUACGACUUUUAAUGUUGACAAUAAUUUGGCGGGAGAUUGAAUGACACAGAAAUAACACAAAACGAAAACUGUUUAAAAUGUCAGAAAAGAAUAAUUAUGACCCGGCCUCGCUCCCCGAUUUAUUGCCCGUAUAUUAUAAAAGAUUGUUUCCGUACGGACCAUAUUUUAGAUGGUUACAUUACGGGGGCGUUCCGAAGACAUAUUUUCUCAACCGAGAAUUCUCCUUCACGUUAAAAGAUGAUGUUUACAUUCGCUACCAAUCUUUUGUUGACCAAUCAGAUCUGGAAAAAGAAAUACAAAAACAUUGUCCAUAUAAAAUAGAUAUUGGUGCUGUAUUCUCAUAUAAGCCAAAAGAACGUAAAACUAUAAAAGCAUCAGCAUUCCAGGCCCAGGAAAAAGAAUUGGUUUUUGAUAUUGAUAUGACAGAUUACGAUGAUGUUCGAAAAUGUUGCUCAGGAGCUGAUAUUUGUGAGAAAUGUUGGCCAUUAAUGAAGAUAGCUUGUAAAAUUAUACACGCCGCUCUCGUAGAUGAUUUCGGUUUUAAACAUAUUCUCUGGGUUUAUUCUGGUCGUCGUGGCGUCCAUUGUUGGGUCUGUGAUGAAGAGGCUAGAAAAUUAUCACAGACAGGAAGAACGGCCAUUGCUGAAUAUCUGAGUCUUGUUAGAGGUGGUGAAAAUCAAACGAAGAAAGUCAGUCUUGAUGAAACAUUACAUCCGUCUAUUAGACGAGCGUUGAAUAUAAUUGAAGGAUAUUUUGAUAAAUAUUCUGUAAAGAAACAAGAUUUCCUCAAUUCACCUGAACAGUGGGAUAAAGUUUUAGCUCUUAUACCUAUAGAAGAUGUUCGGAAACAGAUCAAUGGAUUAUUUGACAGUCUUGGAACAAAUUCAUCAACAAGAUUAACAAUUUUACGAGAACAGCUGAAUAACGCUAAAGAGCAUAAGAAGAUGAAGAUGACAAUGGAAGAAAUAAUGGUACAGUUGUGUUAUCCUAGAUUAGAUGUUAAUGUCAGUAAAGGUGUUAAUCAUUUACUCAAAUCACCUUUCUGUGUUCACCCCAAAACAGGCCGUGUUUGUGUACCAUUUGAUGUUAGUAAAGUUGAUAGUUUUAAUCCCUUUACAGUUCCAACAAUCAGCCAACUGUUAGAUGAAAUAGAUAAUUGUGAAACAACAGAUACCACCAAGAAAGUUAAAGAUUUUAAGAAGACAUCUUUGGCAGCUUCUAUUGAAGUUUUUGAAAAGUUUUUAAAGAAUUUAGAAGAAUCUUGGAAAGGCAAAUUACUAGAGCAGAGUGAUAUUAAAAUGGAAUUUUAAAUCUAAACUGUGAUGAAAUAAAGAUCAACCUCAUGGAUAAUCUAGUUGGGAUGUGACAAGCUGUUAAAUUGAAAACCUUGAUAAUAAAAACAACUGAAUCUAUAUUUAAUGGAGUAUCAAUAUAAAUUAUAUAUCUCAAUCUUGUUUUGUCUUGCAUUUUUAUAUGCCCACAUUAACAUGUGGAAAUGACAUUUCUAUUGUUCGCCUUAUUGUCCCCCGCCUUUCUGUCUGUCACACUUUUUGGGACACAAUAACUCUCUUUCUAAUCGAGUUAGAAUGUUCAAACUUGGUAUAGGUGUUUAUUACGUGAAUCCCUUGAUGGAGUUUGAAGAUGAGCAUUUUCUGCUUACGGUAAGCAGAGAUAAGCAAUUUUAUUGGUUGAUGCUUUGGGACACGAUAACUUUAGUUCUAUUUAAGUGAGAGAGAGAAAUGGGGUUUAAGUCCACUCGACACAAACUAGGUCAUUUCGGGACUAACAUGGUUUAAUUUUAUUUACAUAAUUCGCUUGCGCGUAGGGUUCUUUAGCAGUGGGAGGAAACCAGAGGACCCGGAGAAAACCCACGAGGUUGGACAGGCGACUCUACUCCUUGCCACGUACAACCGGGGAUUCGAAACCAUGCCAGUCGACUCAAUGACAGACUUUAUGAUACAGCGCGCGCACGCUAACCAUUCAGCCAUCCAACCCCCCUGUGAGAGUGAUGAAACUUGGUGUAUAGUUUCAUUACAUCAAUACCUUGACUAAGUUCGAUAAUGAGCAUUUUCUGCUCAGGGUAAGCAGAGCGAUAAGCAAUUUGAUUGGUUGAUGCUUUGGGACACGAUAACUUUAGUUUAAAUUAAGUGAGAGUGAUGAAACGCAGAGUAUAAAUUCAUUAUAUCAAUACCUUGACUAAGUUCGAUGAUGAGAAUUUUCGCUUAGACUAAGGAGCGAUAAGCAAUUUGAUUGGUCGAGACUUUGGAACAUAACAACUAUGCUUUUAAUUGAGGUAGAUGUUCAUUAGGUGAAUGUCUUGACUCAGUUCACUGAUUAACAUUUUGAGUUAAAGCUAAGCUAAGCAAUUUCAUUGGUCGAUGCUUUGGGACACGAUAACUUUGAUUCUAUCUGAUAGAGAGUGAUAAAACUUAGUGUAUAGUUGAUUAUCAGUUUGAUUGCUUGAUACUUUUGAAAGAAAUAAAUGUGCUAUUAAUUAAUGUGUCAUCUAUUUAUUUUGGAAUUCGUCAGAGGAC